GUAAGGUUUUUUUUGUUUGUUUACAAUGAAUCCAUCUAAUAUCUUCGGUAGGCAGCAAGGUGCCUUUCAGGUACCCAGUAACGCCAGUCAGAGCAGUGGCAUGUUUCAGUCAUUUAGUCAGCAGGGCACAGGCAGCACAACACCAAAUGUGGGCUUUGGACAGACAUCAACAUUUGGCCAGCCUUCAACAUUCAGCCAGCAGUCAGGUUUUGGACAGGCAUCUGGACAAUCAUCUGGCUUUGGUCAAACACCAUCAUUUGGCCAGACAUCCUCUUUUGGUCAAAGUGGUGGGCUGGGACAGUCCUCAUCGUUCUCCUCCAUAGCUCAAGCACCUGCAUUUGGACAGUCACCUUUGGGUCAGGGGACACUUGGAUUUGGAGUAUCUCCUUCAUCUACUGGACAGAAUCAAACUCCUGCUUUUGGUAAUGUGCCAGCAUUUGGACAAACUUCUGCGUUCGGUCAAACCUCUGCAUUUGGACACCCCACGUCUCCAUUUGCCCUUUCUUCUGGUAACUCGCAACUGUCCGCUAGUUCCAUCAGCACUGGAGCAUCUCAGCCUAGCUUUGGCCAAACAUCUUUUGGUCAGUCAUCAGCCUUUUCUUUGCCAACUGCCACCUCAACCUCUGCUAUGAGUGGCCAAAGCAAUAUUCAGACUGGUGGCUUUGGAACAAAGUUUAGCUUUAAGCCACCAAACGAAUCUGUAUUCAAACCUAUUUUCAGCGUCAGUCCAGAGCCUUCCAACUCUCAGUCUGCUCCUGAAAUUUUGAGUUUAGCCAAGCCAACUGCAAGUGGCUCAAACAGCAGUGGACCUAGUAGCUCUGGUUUUUCACCUUUCACAGGUAUAAAGUCAAGCACUCUGGGCUUCAGCUUCUCCCAGCCUGGAGCAGCCCCCUCUGCCUCAGUCACAAGUGCUAACGUUUCUCAGACAGAGGCACUUGGUGCAAACUCUCUCCAGUUCACAUUCUCUCAACCUGCAAAUCCCUCCAGUAGCAGCAGCAUCAUCACUGCUGCUCAACCCACCACUGUUCCCAGCAAUUCUUCCUCAUUCAGCUUCUCAGCAAAGGUCCUCCAUCCCCAGACAGAAGUUAAGAUGUCUCAGAUUGGUAGUAUGCCUUUUGGCCAACCAACAUUAUUCAGAGGUCCAAAAUCUGCACAGAGCCUUGAGGGGAGAGUAGGAGAUGAGGAGAGCUCAGGAGAGACAGCUUUUGGUAGUUUUGGAAAGGGCAUGAAACGGAAAGAAGAGCCUGUUGACCCUGUUGAUGCAAGCCAAGAAAAAAGUUCCAAAGUUGAUGAGCCUCAAGGUAGAGGUGAUGCCUCAAGGCAUCUAUCCAAGCGCCCCCUACUUAGAAGUCGAGGGCCUACUGGUGGACUGUUCAAAAAUGCUUUGAGUGAUCUGAUGAAGACAUCGGCUCCCAUGAUCAAGAAAGAAGAUCACCCUGUGGACUGGAGUCAUGAGGAUAGGCCAGAGGCCCCUGUUCCUAAUGCUGAUAUACCAGUCGCUCCACCCAGAGCUCUGGUUCCCAUAAGACAUGUUAUGGAAAAAGCAGAGACACCAGCUCCAGAGCCUGAACCUGAAAUAAUCACCCCAGUCCGAAGGGCUAAACGUGGGGAGAGCACUGACAGCCUAGGUGGUCUUUCUCCCUCUGAAGCCACUGCUAUACAGUGCAAAGGAAUCCCACCCACCCUCAACCGGAAAGACCUAAUUGAGAAACAUUUUGGUCGCUUUGGGAAAAUGCGGAGAGUGUACUGCAAACCUGCAAAAAAUCUUGCCAUUGUGCAUUUCCUCGAUCAUGCAUCAGCUGCAAAGGCAAAAAAGAGAGGUAAACAUUUCCAGGGGAGUGAAAUCCAAAUCUUUUGGCAAAGAAAGAAACAAAGUCCAAGUGACAAAGCAACAGGACCUUCAGAGGUCAAGGAAGUUGCAGAAGGGGAGUCAAGACCAGUGGUUCCUCAAGUCACUCCACUUUCCAGAAAACCUCUGCCCAGAUCUCCAGUGGUCGGCAGCUCUGGCUCCCUCACUCAAGGUUCUCCUGCCAAGAAACCCAAUGUAGCAAAAACCCUGCAGUUUGACAGUGAAUCACAACAGGAUGUCUGCUCAAUGGGACAGAGCAUGGAUCGACCGGCAAUCAACCUGCCCUCAUCCCUUCAGCAUCUGAUUGGUCAGCUGGCUGAGACAUCAGAGGAAAAGUAUCGUCUCCUUGAGCAGAAAGACAAGAUCCUUCGACAAUCUCGCCCUAAGAGAACAGACUUGGAUAUGUCCAAAGUGUUUGUGGGAACCUGUCCUGAUAUGUGCCCAGAGAAGGAGCGCUACAUGAGGGAAACCCGCAAUCAACUCAGUGUCUUUGAGCUCAUUUCAGAGACAGAAAAGGUGGACCAUUGUGCUGCCAUUAAAGAAUACAGCAGAUCAUCAGCUGACCAGGAGGAGCCUCUCCCUCAUGAGCUGCGACCUCUGCCAGUGCUGAGCAUGACCAUGGACUACCUGGUCACUCAGAUAAUGGACCAGGGAGAAGGCAACUGCCGUGAUUGGUAUGACUUUGUUUGGAACAGAACCAGAGGAAUUCGCAAGGACAUUACCCAGCAGCAUCUCUGCGACCCAACAACUGUGUCUCUCAUAGAAAAGUGCACUCGCUUCCACAUCCACUGUGCCCACCACCUAUGUGAGGAACCUAUGAUGUCCUUUGAUGCCAAAAUCAAUAACGAGAACAUGACCAAAUGCCUUCAAAGCCUGAAGGAAAUGUAUCAGGAUCUGGCCACUAAGGAAGUGUACUGCCCCCGUGAGGCUGAAUUCCGCCAGUACAAUGUGCUGCUCAAACUUAAUGAUGGAGAUAUUCUUCGGGAGGUGCAGCAGUUUCGUAAAGAGGUCCGGGACUCACCAGCGGUGAAGUUUGCAGUACAAGCUUUUGCAGCCCUCAACAGCAACAACUUUGUCAGGUUCUUCAAGCUGGUAAAUGCAGCAUCUUAUCUGGCUAGCUGCAUUCUUCACAGAUACUUUAACCAGGUGAGACGCUCUGCACUGAAGGCCCUGAAUAUAGCGUACACUGUGGGCUCUCAGAGGUCCACCACCUUCCCUGUGGAUGACCUAGUCCGAAUGCUUAUGUUCCGCAGUGCUUCUGAAGCAACUGAUUUUUUGCAGCAGUAUGGGCUCAGUGUCACUGAAGGCAUGGUUGAGCUGAGCCGUACAGCCUAUCAGGAGCCAGAUCUGCCUCUGCCACAGAGGAAGUCUGUGGCCAUCGAGAAGAAGAGGUUGGUGCUGAUUGGGGAGGUUGUGAAUGGAGGACCUCUUCCCAACCCACCGCAGCACACUCCAGUUUGCAGCUUCGACUCGAACAACAAAUACAGAGGGGACCCAACUCCCUUUGAGCCAGUGACAGUGGACGUGCUUCCUCAGAGACAGGAAAUGAAACCCCUGGUUGAGAUGGAACCAAGGCCGGAGGUUAAAUCCAAGCUACUGGUAGAGCCAAGGAUAUUUGUUGAGCCCCCUACAGCAGUGGAGUUGUGCCAGCCUGGCAUCACAGCAGAGACUGGGGAGUCAUCCCAGGCUACAGUACCAGGGCUGCCAGUGAACCCAGAUCUGAUAUUCCAGCCCAUAAUACAGCCUCAACCUGUCAGACCCCCAUCGCCUCCUUCUAAACCAGAGCCAGCCUACACUGAUCAGGAUCUAAUGGCUGAAGUGGACUCCAUGAUGGAAGAAGUUCUGGAGGCUGAGGUCUCAGACAUGGCUAAAGCUGGGGCUGAAUAUGUGUCUGUAGCUCUCAAUGUGAGUGAGAAUGAGCUGGAAACUGUGCUUAGUGAGGUUGUUGCCCAGAUGCUGAAAGAUUUGUCAGCAUCUGAGAUCACCGCUGAAAAGGAGAGAAUUGCUGAAGAGAAACGUAAGCUGGAAGAAGCCAGGCGGAGACAAGAACAUGAGGCUUUUCUGGAUAAGCUGAGUUCAGAGCUGUGUGCUGGGAUCAUUGAGGAGGUCCUUACACAGUACACCAAAGAAAUAGCUGAUGGAGAGAGAAAAUUUGCAUUGGAGGAGAAGGCUGCACGUUUGGCUCGUUGCUCAGAGGAGGUAUGUAAUGACUUGGUGGAGGAGACGCUGGACUUGGAAAUCGCUCAGCUUGGAAAAGAGGUUUUAGAUAUGGAGUUACGACGGAUACACAAGUUCAUCAAGAGGUGGCGUGACGUGGUAGCAGUACGCAGACAGCUAAAGAGACAGAUGCGCGGUUUCCCUGCGGCCCCUUGCUGUGUGGACCCUCGUUUCAAGCUGAAAGCCUUGGCACCUAGUGCUCCAUCUGCUCCCUGUGUGGACACCCUCGCUCAGGGCUUUAUCAGCCUGGGUAAUGCAGGGAACAUGGUUGUGUCCUGCACAAGAUUACUGAAAACAAGGAGCGACAUCAUCCAUCAGAUGAGAGUGAACUUCUACUAUAAUUUGUUAUUAAGUGAACGUGUGUGGAAUCCUCUUGAUCUACCCACACUGGUGGUUGAAAGCACCCCCAGUCCACCUGAGAGAAUCUUCUGGAAAGCUUCUCUUCUGCUUCCCAGCAAUCAAGAUAAUGAUAUGAGCUUUGCCACCAGCACCUUGACAAAAUGGCUAGAAGUGAAGAUGGGUGGUGGAGAGAGGAUGGAGGAGAGCAUCAGAGUCAUGUCAGAGGUGGAAGGAAAACUGGAAACUCUAUUCAUCAGUAACACCUUGAGAGAUAUUGGACAAAAGACCCACAAAGUUCAUGUCUGUGUAAAGGUGAGCCGUGGGCCUCUGAGCAAGGAGGGCCAGAGCCAGUUAAAGGAACAGAAAGAACUCUUGGGCACCAGCGCCCUGCUGUUACUGCUGCCACAUCUGCCCAGCACUGGUCUCACUGACCUUGGGCAGGGUGAUGAGGAUGUGCCUUUGCUGUCUGCUCUUCUUCAGCUGAAGCAGGUGCAAGAGGCUAGUGGCUGGAACUCUGCACUGCCCCUGGCACUGGUCAUACCUGGCCAGUUGGAGGAAGCAAUUACUGAUCAGAAGUUAGAGGAAGUUCUUCAGCUAAAGACCUUAGUUAAUGAUGGGCUCAUCUCAAAAUACAUCUUCAUCCGUGUCUCAGGAAGCACAAGUGAUCUCCAGGGAUCUCAGCAGAUUGGUGAGGCAAUUCGCUGGCUGGUAGCCCACUCUCCAGCCUCUACAGUCCUUUCAUCUCAGCCACUGCUCCAGUUUGUAGAAGGAGGGCUCUGCCGUGAAUUCCAUGCCAGGUUCCACCAUGACAAGCAGGAGCGUAUGCAGGCAGGUCUCUCAUGCCAGGAUGCAAUAGCCAUCAUCCAGCUGUAUAACAGCGUACUGACCUAUCUGGCAGGUUUGGUUAGCUGUGAGAGGCUGAUCGGUGUGUCUUGGCCACCACCUGAGUUCUCUCUACCUGAGACCAGAGACCUUGUGCCUCACCUGGACUGGAAUUCUCCACAGCACUUGGACUGGCUGAAAAGAGCCAUCCUGAGCCUGCAGAUCCCUGAGUGGGAUCUUCCCCCUCAAAAUGCUUCGUGGCCCCGUUUGUGUGCAUCCAUAUUUCAGUAUGUAUCCCAGAUUCCCAGCUCUUCCCAGAGCCAGCCCCUCCUCAUGUCUCGUCUGGAGCACCUGCUUGGAAAUCUGCGUUCCAAAAAGACAGACAUUGAAGAUGAAAAGGAUGGUGAUGAAAAUGCUGGACCUUUUAACCACAUACCUUGGGAUGACAUCUUAUUCCUUUGCAUAGAGCAUCGUAUGAAAGACUGGCAGUUACUAGAGACUCCUGUAGCAAAGGAUGCCAUUAAUGACAAUGGGGAGAUUUUGGUGUACUAUUUCAAAAAACAGCUGAAGGACUUUAAGCCUCCAGAGAGUUGGGUGGCAGCUGUGGAACGCACUCAUAGGGAGAAACAGCAGAACACAGACAGGUCAAAAGUGAGCUCCAGGCAGACUCUGUCCCCAGCGGCACACUUCCCCAGACAGAGGCUGUUCCAGAGUUGGAUAGAGCCAGAGGAGAGCCCCUCUGUGCUUGACAUCACACACACUCCCUCUGCACAGGAGCUGCUACCCCACCGCUUGCUUUUGAAUAUUGAGCAGGAGAGAGCUCAGAGCCAGAGAUUUGAGGAGCAGCUGCAGCGCUGGUUGGAAGUGGAUCACAUUGACUCUGCUUCUAUGCCUCUAUUUAUUCCUUCUACACUACUAUCUGUGCCUGAGAUUUUGACUCCCUCCCGACACCCCCCUGUGUCCACUACCUUCCUCACACAGAAGAUGGAAACAGAUGACCAUGUAGAGAAGGUUCCUUCCACUUGUAGAAAAGAUGUACCCAUAUCUCUAACACAGCGGCUGGCGGAGCUUGAUCGGCUGAUAGUAGCAAAUCAUGAAGAGGAGCUUGCAUGCAGUCUGAAGCUAAAAGGCCUGUUGGAAAUCAUAGAAGACUGAAAAAUUCAUGUUACUGUUCUUUAUUUCCUGAUGUUUGGUUAAUGGUUGGUUUAUCUUUGAGUCAAAAUCAUUGAAUCUGUGUUCAUUUUAAAUGUUUGUUUUACUUUUGAUGUCAUGAAAAUGUUUUCUUUUAGUUUGUCAGGAUUAUGAAAGAAUAUGUGUGGAGCCACUUUCAAAUUUAAACUUUUUAUUAUGUUUUAAAGUAAUGUGAGUGCUACACAUGUUAAUUCAUUUAUAUGAUGCCCAAAUGAAAGUUUAGGAAUGGCUGGCUGUUUUUUGACCAUUUUGUUCAUGCGUGCAUGUGUGUACAUAAUGCCUUACCAUGGUUAUAAUGAAAUGAUGAAAAAUAUAUUUUUGGCAUGUGAGGAUUAUCCAGUGUCUAAGAUAUAUAUAUUUUUCAGGAGACCAAUAAAACAAUGUUUUUAUGCCAUAAA